GGAAUGGUUCAUCCACUGCAAUGGAAAGUGACAUUAUUGUUGAAGAUUUUAAGUGUAGCAUAGAAAUGCAUGGAUUAAAAUAUACAAAAAUUGUUGGUGAUGGGGAUAGCAGCGUCUAUAAGAAGAUUUUAGAGACAAGACCGCAUGGUAGUGCAUGUAUAGAAAAAAUAGAAUGUAGGAACCAUUUAUAUAGAAACCUUGGUACAAAACUACGUGAAAUAUCUCGCAGAAAAAAGAGUCUUUCAACAAAUUGUUGUGUACUCAUUUCCAUCAGGAAACAUAUUAUGACAUCCACGCAAAGACUUUGCAUCGCAAUUAAGAAAGCUACGCAGUAUAGAGCUACAGAAACAAAUGAUCUUGCAGAUAAAAUAAAACUUUUAAAGCAUGAUAUCCUUAACUGCCCAUCACACAUUUUUGGUGAACAUAAAGAUUGUGUAGCAAUAAAUUAUUUUAAUUGUUCUCCAAAAGAUAGUGAAGUCAACUAUGUUCCCGAAAUGAAAGCAUGUGGAGUAUAUGAAGAUAUUUUAGCAUGUUUACAUAGGAUUACCUACAAUGCAAGUAGCUUAUUGCAUAAUAUGAACACAAAUGAUGCCGAACAUUAUAAUGCAGUAGUUUGCAAAUUUAUUGGUAGAAAAAGAGUAAAUUUUUCUUUAAAAAACUCUUAUAGUAUUCGAUGCAAAGCUGCUGCCUUAUCUUUUAAUGAAAAAAGUAAUUAUUACAACAUUAUUCAGAAGGCAUUGACAAGCAAGGAUCCCAGGUCAAUUUUAAAAAAAUUUAUUGCUAGACGUCAUCGAAAAAAUGAAUUACAACGUCGAGGACAGAGAAAAUUUUAUUUAAAAAAGGUAUUUUCUGCGGAUCAUCAUUAUGGUCAGGUACAAGACCCAAUUCCCGAUUUUACAGAUGAUAAAUACAAAGUUAAAGAACAAGAAUUGCUCUCAAAUAUGAUUAAAUCAAUUGAUGAACGUCAUGUUAUAGAAAGAGCUACAGUGGGCCAAAGCAAUAAUCCACUAUGGUUUCAGUAUCGAAAUAACCGCCUAACAGCAUCAAAUUUUGGUAAAAUUUGUAAAAUGAGGUUAACUACAUCGAGAGCUAAAAAGGUGGAAGAUAUUUUAUACAAAACGUUUAAAGGGAAUAUUGCUACUAAUUAUGGCAAAAACUCAGAGUUAGAAGCAAUAAGAACAUUUGAAAAUGAAUUUAAAAUAUCUGUGAUGACAUGUGGCCUUUUCAUCGAUGAAGAGUAUGGGUAUUUAGCAGCCAGUCCAGACGGUUUAAUGGGUACUGAAGCCAUACUGGAAAUAAAAUGUCCAAUAAAUUGUAAAAGCAUAAGCCCUGAAGAUGCGAUUCGAAACAAAACUGUAAAAUUUGCCACUUUGGAUGAAAAUAAUAUGCUCUCUAUAAAACGAAACCAUGACUACUAUUUUCAAAUUCAAGGCCAGUUACAUGUAACAAAACGUACUAUGUGUUAUUUCGUUUUAUGGAGUCCAAAAGGAAUGCUUGUCGAAAAGAUUUUUAGAGAUAUUGAUUUCUGGAAUUCAAAAAUGAGGGAGCCACUAAAGGAAUUUUAUAUUAAAUGUAUUCUUCCUGAACUUGUGGACCCCAGGAAGAAUAGAAGUUUAAAUAUUCGAAGCCCACCACGUUGACAUAUAUUUUAAUUAAUCUUAUAUAUCAAAGUAGUUAGACCAAAAAAGACCGUUGACCGUCUUUAACUGGUUUUUUGCUUUUAUCUCCUUCAAAUGGGUAUUGCAGGGUUAGGGGGUCGGCAAGGCAAAUUGAAAUACAUAUGAGUAAAGAUGAAAAUCGUAUUUUAGGAAAAUCGGAAGUAAAGGUAUCAAGUAAUGUCGACCACAUUUUCGCGUAGUGGUAAAUUGUGAGAUUUAAAAUAAUGACAAAAAACAAGCCUACGAAUGGGACCUCCUGAUGAUUUGAGUAUGAUUAAAUUUGUGUUAUUCCAUAAGCAAACAUUUGAAUACUAAUUUAAAUUAAAAUUAGAAAUACAGAUUUACUCUUUGCUGUGUGGAACACCAUUCAUUUCAUUUAGAUUUUUUUCAGAUAUUUGAAUUUUCUUUUUGUUUCUUCUUUUUUAUAAUUUAGUAGGUUGGAAGAUUAUUCACUACAGUUACUAAGUAUAUAGAGUUUCCGGCAACUUAAUUUAAAAUUAACACUUGAAAUUCAAUAAAACUGUGUUAUU